AGUAACGCGGCUGGAUGAGCUCUAACUGAAGGUGAUCUCCAAGUCAUGAGGAGACAGGUCUGCACUGACCACGUCCCCUCAGAAACUUCUGCCCGAACAAGCAGCGUGAAUGAAGACCACCAACCAAUGAACACCGAAUGUGAGGAGGGAAACUCAGUUUACCAAGGGUACUACCUGAGGAGGAGCAAUGUUGACAGACGGGUCUUCCAGAGGCAGGCGUUGGCUAAAAGCCGUCGCCUGGCCAUGCGGGGACCAGCUUAUAUGUUCAGCGCUCGUUGCAACAGCCUGUCCCUUACCGAAGAGCGCUUUCUUGAGGCAGCCGAGUAUGGGAACAUCCCUGUUGUCCGUAGGAUGCUGGAGGAGCUGCCUGAGCUUAAUGUCAACUGUGUGGACUACAUGGGCCAGAAUGCGUUGCAGCUGGCAGUCGCCAGUGAGCACUUGGAGGUCACAGAGCUUUUGCUGAAGAAGGAGAACCUGGCCCGGAUAGGGGAUGCUCUGCUUCUGGCCAUCAGCAAAGGCUACAUCCGAAUAGUGGAAGCCAUAUUGGCGCACCAGGCCUUUGCUGAUGCCUCUAAACUAACCAACAGCCCCCUCCAAACAGAAACAAGCGAUGACUUCUUUGCCUACGACGAGGAUGGCACACGUUUUUCCCAUGACAUUACACCCAUCAUCCUGGCCUCUCACUGCCACGAGUAUGAGAUUGUACACAUCCUGCUACGGAAGGGAGCUCGCAUUGAGCGGCCCCACGACUACUUCUGCAAAUGCAACACCUGCGUCUACCACCAGAGACACGACUCCUUCAGCCACUCCCGUUCCCGCAUCAAUGCCUAUAAAGGGCUGGCUAGCCCGGCCUACCUGUCACUGUCCAGUGAAGAUCCUGUAUUGACUGCCCUGGAGCUAAGCAAUGAGCUGGCUGUGCUGGCCAAUAUAGAGAAAGAAUUUAAGAAUGAUUAUAAGAAGCUCUCUAUGCAAUGCAAGGACUUCGUGGUUGGGCUUUUGGACUUGUGUCGGAACACAGAAGAGGUGGAAGCCAUUCUGAAUGGAGACACAGAAUCAAACGACAACUUUGACUCGACAGGCAGGCCGAGUCUUAUUCGCUUAAAGCUGGCCAUCAAAUACGAGCUUAAAAAGUUUGUAGCCCAUCCAAACUGUCAGCAGCAGCUCCUCUCCAUUUGGUAUGAAAAUCUGUCAGGGCUCCGGCAACAGACUACAGCCGUGAAGUUGUUAGUGGUGUUCGGCGUGGCCGUUGGACUGCCCAUCCUGGCCCUGCUGUACUGGAUAGCACCCUCAAGCAAGUUAGGGAAGAUCAUUCGUGGCCCGUUCCUAAAGUUUGUGGCCCAUGCAGCUUCGUUUACCAUCUUUCUGGGUCUCCUGGUCAUGAAUGCAGCUGACCGCUUUGAGGGGACGACUCUCCUUCCAAACAUGACUGUCCACGACCACCCCGCCCAGCUGUUCCGGAUGAAGACCACUCCAUUCACCUGGAUGGAGAUGCUGAUCAUUUCGUGGGUCAUAGGAAUGAUCUGGGCUGAAUGCAAGGAAAUCUGGUCUCAAGGCCCUCGAGAAUAUCUGCUGGAACCUUGGAACCUGCUGGACUUCGGAAUGCUGGCCAUAUUUGUGACCUCAUUCAUAGCGCGAUUCAUGGCCUUCUGGCAUGCGUACGCCGCUCAAAGCUACGUGGACGAGCGAUACACGGACCUCUCGAACAUAACAUUGCCCUUCGAGAUUGAGUAUUACCGCCUGGCACGUGUCUACUGGGUGCCUUCUGACCCCCAGCUGAUUUCAGAGGGUCUCUAUGCCAUUGCUGUGGUGCUGAGCUUCUCCCGGAUUGCAUACAUCCUGCCAGCCAAUGAAAGUUUUGGCCCAUUGCAGAUUUCCCUGGGCAGGACUGUUAAAGACAUAUUCAAGUUCAUGGUGAUCUUCAUCAUGGUGUUCGUGGCCUUCAUGAUCGGCAUGUUCAACCUCUAUUCCUACUAUCUUGGAGCGAAGCAGAACAAUGCCUUCACAACUGUCGAAGAGAGCUUUAAAACGUUAUUCUGGGCUAUUUUUGGACUUUCUGAGGUCAAAUCUGUGGUCAUUAACAACGGGCACAAGUUCAUCGAAAACAUUGGCUACGUCCUGUAUGGAGUGUACAACGUUACCAUGGUGAUUGUCCUCCUCAACAUGCUCAUUGCUAUGAUCAACAGCUCGUUUCAGGAAAUUGAGGAUGAUGCAGAUGUGGAGUGGAAGUUUGCCAGAGCAAAGCUAUGGUUCUCAUACUUCGAGGAAGGUGGGACUUUGCCUGUGCCUUUUAACCUCGUUCCCAGCCCCAAGUCUGUGGUCAGCCUGGCCGUGAAGAUCAAGCAGGCCCUUCUGAUGCCUCUGCACGGACACAAGGAUGGAGGAAAGGAGGACACCGAGCUCAAUGAAAUGGGCAAACAAAAAGGUUCAAAUUACAGAGGAUCACCCCGAUCAAGUCGUUAUCGGAGGAUCAUGAAACGACUCAUCAAAAGAUACAUCAUCAAAGCACAGAUGGACAAAGAGAGUGAUGAAGUCAAUGAAGGGGAACUGAAGGAAAUAAAGCAGGACAUCUCAAGUUUACGUUACGAGCUCUUGGAGGAGAAGUCUCAUGAGACCGAGCAGUUUGCGGAGCUGAUGAAGAGACUGGGGGAAGCACUGAGCAGGCAACAGAACCAUUAGUCAGGCCCAGUCAGGGGGUCAUGGCUGAAUGCUGCAACUGGCAGGCCAGUUUGUGGGACUGAAACAGCAGAGGGUUUAGGAGUUGCACAGAUUAGAUAAUCGGAAAUGCUAAAUCUUUGAUAACAGGGACAUGAGCUAUUUUUAUAGCUGUAAAUAACUGCAGAGAAUCAUUUACAGAGUCACAGAAAGAAACCUCUAUAACCUCAGUGUUUACGCUCUGUGGCUGUUCGAACCACUGAAUUCAUGAGUUUAAAUUCAGGUUGAUUGAUUUCAUUGAGUUGGGGUGAAUAAUUUUAGGUUUAAUCACUUACAGGGGUGGAAAGAGUACUGAAAAUUCCUACUUAAAGGGGAACUCCACUUUGUUCUAAAGAAACUUAGCCACAGAGUCAGAAUUGUUCACAGUGGUGGUGAUAGGAACCAGACGUCCACCUCUAAAAGCUCCCUCACAGAAAGUACGUGAGACAUGUUUUACAUACAAGUCUGAGACACUGUUUUACUUCAGACUCGAGGUAAAGGUUUGGCCUAAAAAGUAUCAUUUUAAAAACCAUUCAUGGCGUAACUGUACAUAUAAGGCAUUGUGGGGCAAAAUAAAUCCCGUAACCUUUUCAGCUCCUUGGGACCACCGGUGGUUCCAAAACGCACUUCGUCAUAUUCUUCAUAACUUUCAUAUUUC